CUUCCAGUGAGACGAGUGACCUGCCGGAAGCGGGGAAGAUGGAUCUGUCCCUCGCCAGCUUGCCAUAUUUCCUGCCAUGGACGGCGCUGAAGAUUGUGACGACCUUAAGUGCGGCGUUGAUAGGCAUUGUGACCAUCCUGGUCGCGGUCGUAUACUACCGUUGGAGACGCACGCAUGUGCACUUGAAGCACUUCCCGGGCAUAGAAGACGACUGGCCGUUCAUACGGAAUAUUCUCACCCACUGGCACAUGAAGAGCAGAGAGAAAGAGCACGACUUGGAUUACAAUGUCCUGUUCUUCGAGUACUUGAAUGCGGGCUCUCAGAGGAUGAAACACCUGCCCUACUUCCGUGCCUACAUGGGAGACGUCCCCUAUCUGGUCAUUCACAAGGCGGAAGCUGCUGAAGCAAUCUUCAGCAGCCCUACAAUGCUGCAGAAAUCUAUUGAGUACACGUGGCUGCAUCCAUGGUUGGGGACAGGCCUCCUGACAAGCAUGGGCGCCAAGUGGAAGACGCGCAGGCGAAUGCUGACGCCCGCGUUCCACUUCCGCAUCCUGGAAGACUUCCUGCCCGUCAUGAACGAGCACUCGGUGGUGUUCAAGGACUUGCUCAAGCAGUACGUGGGAAAACCCGAGGGUGUGGACAUCGUGCCCUCGGUCGCGCGCUGCACUUUGGACGUCAUCUGCGAAACUGCCAUGGGAACAUGUGUCAAUGCCCAGCGAUGCUCGGAAUCAAAGUACGUCCGAGCCGUGAUGCGGCUUGGCGAGCUCUGGUUCUCACGCGCCACAAAGCCCUGGACUUGGCCCGACUUUACCUACCGAUUCACCGCCGAUUCUGCGGAGUUCAAUCAAAGCGUGAAUAUUGUUCACACGUUCACGAGAAAGGUCAUCAAAGACCGGAAGAAAAUGCUCUUGGAGCACCAGGCAGCGUCCGACCAGAAGGAUGGGGCAAACGAGGACGACUACUUGAACCUUAGCGGCUGCAGAAGGGCAUUCCUAGACCUCCUGCUGUCCCAGCAUUUCAAGGACCCGUCAUUCACGGAGGAAGACAUACGAGAAGAAGUCGACACAUUUACGUUUGAGGGUCACGACACGACAGCUGUGGGAAUUAGCUGGACCAUGUACCUGUUGGGACUGCACCAAGAUGUGCAACAGAAGGUGUACGAAGAGCUGGAGGAGAUAUUUGGCGAUGACAGAGAGCGAGAUGCCACCAUGGAAGACAUUAGGAGAAUGAAGUAUUUGGAAUGUGCCAUCAAGGAGGCGCAAAGGCUCUUUCCCUCUGUGCCACUCGUCGGACGUCUCCUGCAGGAGGACUGGACGUACAAUGGAUACAUCAUACCUAAAGGAACGGUGUGCACGGUCUUCAUCUACGUUCUGCACCGAGAUCCUGAGGAGUUUCCUAAACCGGAGGAGUACAUACCCGAGCGAUUCCUACCCGAAAACAGCGUCGGCCGACAUCCAUUCGCCUACGUGCCUUUUUCCGCCGGUUACAGGAAUUGCAUUGGCCAGAAAUUCGCUUCUAUGGAGAUGAAGACACUUGUGUCACGCGUGCUGAGGAACUACAAGCUGGAAUCGAUGUACCACAGGGACAAGGUGCAAGUUGUGUCCGAACUCGUGCUUCGCGCUCGCAACGGGUUGCGGAUACGCUUAACCCCACGAGAGUAGAAACACGG